AUGGCUGAAGACACUCCCCAACAGCCUAGCCUUGUUCAAGGCCAUGUCAAGUAUGUCAAGGGAGUUGCGGAGGCUGCUGUAGGGGACAUGACUGGAUCGCACCCCUGGAAGUCGUCAGGCGAGCAAGACAAGGCAGCGGGCAUGUCGGCAAUGAAAGAAGCAGGAGAGAAGAGAGAUGCUUCCCAAGGAUAUGGAAAGCCCGAGGAACUGGUUGGCAAACUAACGGGCUGCGAGGGUAUGAAGAAGGAAGGGAGCAAAAGCAGCAGCAGCAGGAAGGACUGA